AUCAAAGUGAAUAUUGUGAAGAGAAAAAUAACAAUAACAACAACAACAACAACAACAACUACUACUACUACUACUACUACUACUACUGUGAAUACCGUGAACUUAGAGAAAAACAAGAAAAGCAGAAAAAAAACCCUAUCACUAUUACUGCUAUUAUCAUUUACUUAUUCAUUCAUUUAUCAUUAUCGAACGUGACAUGAGGAGUUCCAACAUGGCGUCUUCCCUCCUUCACCUCCUGCUCGUCUAUUUAUUAAUCUCCACCAGUGACACAACACAAGAUAGAGACAAAGGCGAUACAGAGAGACUAGCUGGAGAUAAAGUGAGAGAAAGAGAUGGAGAAGCAGGAGGGAGGAAAUAUAGAAAUUAAAGCAAAGGCAGGAACUCUAGAUAUUGAAGUGAGUGCGCCGCCAUAUUACCCUGCUCAGAAUGCAACAGCUCCUCCUUCUGUUCCUCCGGGGCUUGGGAUGGAUGGAGGAAAGGAGGAAGGACGAGAGAGAAGCCCUAACCCCGCGAAGGAAGAGGAGGAAGAUGUGGAGGAAGAGAAAAACAAAAUCCCUGCAAAUCUCAACAAAACUUUCGUAUAUUCAUCAAAAAACUCAACAAAACCUAAGAUAUACUUCUGCGGGACGCCAGAUCUCGAUGAAACGAUGAGGGAAGAUGAAAAACAAGCCACAAACCACACCAGACGGCGGAGAUACACGUUACAAGGCAAUCAGUGGGAUAAAUUAGAACUAACAUGGACCCUGCGCACCCCAAGCCGCCACACGACCCGUCUUGACACAGGGACGAUUCGCCAGCAGAUAACAGCCGCUACAUUGCUAUGGCAGAAGAAAUCAGCCUUAAGAUUCAUUGAGGUGCACAAGGAGGCGGAGAAUAUCGACAUAUACGUUGAUUUUGUGGUAAGAGAGCACGGAGACUCCUAUUCUUUUGAUGGGAAAGGAUCAACAUUAGCGCACGCCUUCUACCCAGGGAUCGGGAGAGGAGGUGACAUGCAUUUCGAUGACGAGGACAACUUCGUUCACCAUCACCAGAGAGAGAAGGGAGUCAGUCUCCUUAUCACCGCCGCCCAUGAACUAGGACACUCUCUCGGUCUCAGUCACUCGGACGUGAACACUGCUCUGAUGGCACCAUUCUAUCAAGACUUAGCAGACGAUUUUGAGUUACCAAAGGACGAUGAGAAAGCAAUCCAAGCUCUCUACGGUGCCCCAGAGGAAGACCGACAAUCACCCAUACCCACCCACGCGCCCAGGACAACCACCACCACCACACGCCCACCUAGACCACCCCCACGCCCUCCUAUACGCACCACCACCACCACACGCCCACCCAGACCACCUCCACGCCCACCUAGACCACCCCCACGCCCUCCUAUACGUACCACCACCACCACACGCCCACCCAGACCAUCCCCACGCCCUCCUAGACCCCACCCUCGUCCUAGUACCACCCAACGACCUCCAGUCACAACGCCACGACCGCCUACGGAAGGUAUAUGCCGCCCGUCUAAGCCAAGCCACCCAACACAGCCAGAUAUUUGCUUCAGUGACAUAGAUGCGGUGACAAACUUCAGAGACGAGCUUUUUUUCUUCAAAGGGGAAUAUUAUUGGCGUCUAGAUAGGAAGGGAAGGCCAUACUGGAAUGAAUAUCCUGAGAAAAUAGCUUUACGUUUCCCGCCACUGAGGAAAGUAGACGCCGCGUUUGUCAACCCGGACGGAUAUCUUAUCUUAUUCCAAGGACAAGAAUUUUUCAUCCUUGGCUACCGUCUAGAGGUCAUACGCAGAGGUUAUUUAUCUAAUUUAAACAUCAACGCGACUCAUCUGAACGCCGCUAUGCUAUGGGGCCAUAAUGGGAGGGCCUAUGCCUUCAGCGAGGACAGAUAUUGGCGAUUAAAUAAGACCGGAGUGGCUGAUAUUGACUAUCCAAGAGACAUUGCAACAUGGCGUGGGGUUCCUAAAAAUAUAUCCGCUGUUUUUACGUUAGGGUAUAAAACUUUCUUCCUAUCAGGGCUCAUGUAUUGGAUAUAUGAUAAUAAAGCAAUGAGAGCACAGCAGACGCCAUUGGUAACAGCUGCACACUGGCUAACCUGCCCAGAAUACACGGGACAAACAUUAAUCAAGUGUUUUUCAGGACAGAAUAACCAACGGGUACCGAAUGUCUUCCUCCUCCUCCUCCUCCUCCUCCUCCUCCUCCUCCUCCUCUUUUGACUUUUUUCAUUUUAAAAGCCACAAAAGAAAGGAAAGAAGGAGGAAAUGAUGUUGAUAGGAAGAAAAAUGUA